CCGCCGCGAUGCCUGGCCCUUGGCUGCUGCUCGCCCUGGCUGUGACCCUCGCCCCGGCCGGCACCGACGGAGCCCAGCGGGAGGCCGCUCCCCUGCGCCGGGCGGGGCCUCUCCUCUUCCUCCGGGAAGGCCUCCGGGCGCCGCAGGGGGACCGGAGCGCGCGCUCGGAGUCCCAGAUCCUUCCACCCAACUGGCUCUCCAAGCGUCAGCAUCCAGGGAAAAGGGAGGAGGAGGCAGAAGAGGGGCUCGAAGAAGAGGAAGAGGAAGAAUGGGGCGCUGGGGGACCCCACAAGCGGCAGCACCCCGGCCGGCGGGAGGAUGACGCAUGGUGGGCAGCUGAUGGAACCCAGCACAAGCGGCAGCACCCCGGCCGGCGCGCCCCUUGGCCCGGGUACGCUGUCACCAAGAGGCAGCACCCAGGCAGGCGGCUGGUGGAGCCCCAGGCGCAAAGGAACUGGGACGAGGAGGAGGAGGAGGGGGAGGGGGAGGGGGAGGAAGAUCUGACAGCCGAGAAACGCCAGCAUCCGGGCAGGAGGAGCCCGGGAGGCCCAUGUGGGCCCCAGGGAGCCUGCGGUCGGGCCAGCGUCCUGCGCGGGCUCCUGGGUGACCCAAGCCGGGGCCAGGGGGCCGAGGAGCAGCGGCAGCACCCGGGGCGGCGGGCAGCCUGGGUCCGGGAGCCCCUGCAGGCGUGAGCCCUGCUUCCCGCAAAGUCAGCGCGGGGUCUGAGAACGUCUUGAGCCCUGUGUGCCCGACCCCUGCUUGAUCCCCGCUGUCCCUCCUCCCUGGGUCCCGGGCCAGAAACCUGUCCCCCCGCGCCCCCCA